UUUUUUUUCGCAACCUUUAAUCGAUCGCUUUUAAAAAAAAAGAAAAAUAUGAAAUUAUUCAACUUAAUUAUCUUAGCAUUAUCUGUCAAUGCAGCACCUGUAGUUGACAGUUCCUUCACUACCAAGACCCCUACUGAUGUUACUAGAACUGCGGGUGGUCUUGUCUUGUCUGAUGGUAGCUUUCGUACUGCAUUAUUUGAUUUCAAUGGAGAUCUUACUUUAUCAGUCCAGACCUUAGAUCCCAAUGAGAAGGAUAUCGGUCCAGCUCCACUGGGUUCAUUAAAUGUCGGACAAGUAUCUGAUGGCCAAGUUAAUCAAAUUUCUGAUGGUCAAGUGAAUGCUGCCAACCAAAAACCUGAUGGACAAGUCAAUGCAGUUAGUCAAAUCUCAGAUGGACAAGUUAAUGCUGCCAACCAAAAACCUGACGGUCAAGUCAAUGCAGUUAGUCAAAUCUCUGACGGCCAAGUCAAUGCAGCUAGCCAAAUUUCUGAUGGUCAAGUGAAUUCUAAUCAGGCACAAGAUGGUCAAGUCACUGCCCUGGGUGGUUUCUCUAGUGUGUGUGUCUCUGGUAAUUCUCUUAUAGUCAAAUUAUCCAAUGGUAUUCUCACUGAUUCUCAUGGAAGAAUUGGAUCUAUUGUUGCCAAUCAUCAAUUCCAAUUCGAUGGUCCACCACCACAGCCUGAUUCCCUUUUUGCUGCAGGUUGGAAUAUUUACCCUAGUGCUCAGGGUCCACUUUUGGCUCUUGGUGGUCAGUACAUUUUCUGGAGAUGUGCAAUCCAAGGAACAACAUUCAACUUAUACGAUGCUAGUAUUGAUAACAAAUGUGAGAAAGUUGUUAUUCAUUUGUUUGCUGUUUCUUGUUAAGUGAACCUUCCAAAGGUGCCACUUCUAAUUAGUCAUUUAUUGUCGAUUUUAGUUUAUUUCGUAUUAGUUAGCAUUACUUUUGACCACUAAUCUUGUGAAUUGCUGGUCUUCGUUAAUAAGCUGCUUCCUCUAUUAAUACAUGCAUGUUCUAUUAUU